AUGCUGGUGAAAGUCGGGAUCAUCGAUUCGGGGUCGUGGAUGUGCCGGCGAGCCGUGAAGAGUGAAGCUCUUGGUUCGUUUGAGCAGCUUUUUCGUCGAGCUCUACAGUGUCUACCAAGUGAGGAUAUCGAAGCUCAACGACGGUUUCGAUUUCGUGAUGACAGCCUUUCUUGCAUCAUAGGCAGACUUUUAGUGAGACAAGCCGUCCAUAAAGUGUGUGGCACACCGUGGCAUGCAAUCAAAAUCGGACGAGCAAAACAAGGCAAGCCGUACCUUUUGAACUCCGAUGCUCGGCUGAACUUCAACGUAUCACACCAGGGCGACUUCGUUGCGCUGGCGACGAGCUUGGAUGAAGAAUUAGGUGGACACAGCCCUGGGCACAUAAUUGUGGCCGACUCUACCAAGGAUUAG